GUGAACCAUUGCACCAUGAACUGCUGCGCGAUAGGUUACAUUCUGAUGGUUAUACCCAUCAUUCUGCUUCUUCUAAUGGAUUACUGCGAUUCCAAGCCCUGGUGGUCGGCAAACGAAGGUGGCUACGAUGCCAGUCUGGAUCCCGUGGCCUGGUCGCGACCCUUUGCCCCGGAUCAAAUUAGGAAAACCCGCUAUAAUGUCAUUCCGGAGCCCAGGAGCAGACAUCGCCACCGUCAAUCCUCAAAGCUGUGGUACCAAAAACCUGAGACCUCGUAUCCCAAACACAUUGUCAAUGCAAAAUACUACAAGAGAUUCCUGAGAAGACGCCAAAAACUGGCGACACGUGAGAGAUACCCGCGCUGGAGGCAAUAGACCCAUAUAUUAUAUAGAUACCCCAUAGGUGCUAAGCAAAAUCUUUAUACCUAGUAAUUAGCAUAAUAAA